AUGGACUCGCCGCAGUCACCAGGUGGUAACUCCCGCCGCCAAGGGAGGAAUGUUUCGCAGCCACUGGUGAGACGAACCACAAGGGGACCACUUGACGCUAUCGACGGUCCACUAGCCGAGUCAGUCACGAGCCCAUCUAUUACCUCGCCUCUUGAGGAUGUAUCACCCGCAGUUUCAACCGAAGACUUACAGCCGAACCCGCAACUCCCUGAGCCUGCACUGACGGAGCGAACCAAGACAGAGGUAAACGUGGGCUUCCUCCUAGACCCGAACAUCUACCAUGCAUUGCUCACGGACGAUGUUCAUCCCGCUUUCUUGAGCUCAGACCAACAGCCACCGCCGCAAGCACGGCUCGAGGAACUUCUGCAGCCAGGCCAUUUCCGCCGAGCGGCAGAUGCUGCGGCCAAGGAGCUCCUCCGUUGUGACCGCACGGAAGCAGACAGCAUCUUGCCACUGCUGUACACCAGGCUUGCCUGCCUUGUGCUGAUCUCAAGGUCCGACAUUGCAGCACUCGAAGCCACGCCGCUAGCAGAGUUCCUGGCACGAAACACGCCUGGUGCAAGGGAUUGCCUACCACAUGUCCCAUGGGAGCUGCGAUUGCUCAUCGUACGGCUCCAAGCGCUCGGUACCGCUGAUGGCGGGCGUAGAUGUAUCAUGUCGCUGUAUUCGCUUGCGAGCGAAACCAGAGCCAUGAUAAGGCAGGCGCUUGACUAUGGCAAUGAGCGUGAACGGCAAGUCUGGUCAGACAGGCUCCAUGAUCUCGGUCUCCGCGUUGCUGAUGCUCUCGUGGAGAUGGGCGAGCUCGAAACCGUCGAGAGGCAUUUAGACACGCUGAUUGAAAGCGAUACCGACGAGAUCGCGUAUCGCAAGGCACUACUGCGGAUAAGGCUUGGUAAUAUUGUCGGUGCUCGCCGUUGUUUGGAAAAUGUUCAUGAUGGCAGUCGAAGGGAAGCACUCAGUGCACUCUUAAUUACCGCCGACGGAGAAUACACCAAAAGCAUCAGCUUGUGGAGGCAGCUCGUAGAUCGAAACCAAGAUUACGCCCUCUCAGCAAACAAUCUCGCAGCGUGCAUGCUCUACACUGGUCACAUCACCGAGGCGCGCCAGAUACUGGAACAACUGGCAGACGAACGUCCUGGCUUGGCUGCUUCGCUAUUCAACCUCAGCACCGUGUAUGAGCUGUGUACAGAACGUGCUGGCGAGCGCAAGGACAUGCUUGCGCAGCGACUUGCUACCAAGCAGCCAUCUGCUGCGGUGGGAGGGUGGGAGAAAACGAAUUUCGACCUCAAGCUCUGA